AUGAUGAAAUUUGUGUAUUUGAUAUGCGCGAUACUUGCGGUCGGAGCUUUUCCGGACGAGCGGCCACGGGUCUUCUGCGGCCGAGCGCUAGCUGAAGCUCGUAUUUUGUAUUGCUUUGGACCGGAAAUAGCAGUGGGUGUGAAAAGAAACUUUUACGGCGAUGCUCGGACGGUACAUACUCGUAAGAGGACACCUACCUGGCCAUGGUUGGCGAGGCGCAUACACAAGAGAGCCCCCGGCCUCGUGGACGAGUGUUGCCUCAAGCCGUGCUAUGUUAACCAAUUGUUAAGCUACUGU